AUGCUAGAUUUAAAGCCUUAUCAUCUCCUCUUCACCUUGCUUCUCUUUGGUAUUUUCUCCACCAAUCAUGCCUGCAACCAAAUAGACCGCGACUCUCUCUCGUCCUUAGCCUUCAACCGUAUGUCUUCUCCUCCACUAAAUUGGUCUUCCAUUGAUUGUUGCCAGUGGGAGGGCAUUUAUUGUGAUCGUAAAUGUCGAGUCAACCAUAUCUGGUUACCUUCUAAAGGCCUUAGUGGUAGUAUAUCUCCCUAUCUCGGAAACCUCACACAUCUCUCCUACCUUAAUCUCUCCCACAAUUCAGUUUUGGGUCCUCUGCCUAAGGGAUUGUUUUCGUCCUUGAAUCAACUCAAGGUCAUUGAUUUGAGCUACAACCAUCUAUUUGGAGAUAUAUUUGGUUGGCCUGCCUCCCUUCAAAUUGUUGACAUAUCUAGCAAUCAAUUUAGUGAGACAAUCCAAUCUUCAUUCAUUCAAAGAGCAUGGAGGUUGAUCGAGCUCAACGUCAGCAACAAUAGUUUCAUGGGCCCUAUUCCUUCCUUUCCUUGCUUCAAUUCGUCAUUUGUUAGCCUCCUCGAUUUCUCCCAUAAUCAUCAUAGCGGCCAAAUUCCUUGUGGACUAGGGGCGUGUUCCAAACUUAAGGUUUUCCGAGCAGGUUUUAAUUCUCUCUCAGGCUUGCUUCCUCAUGAUAUAUACAAUGCGACUGGGUUAGAUGAGAUCUCCUUACCUUUCAAUAAUCUUUCAGGACCAAUUAGCAGUGAUAUUGUGAAACUUGCCAAACUCACCAACCUUGAGUUAUAUGGCAAUAAAUUGAGUGGCAACCUCCCUUUGGAUAUUGGGAAGCUCUCCAAAUUGAAGCACCUACUUCUUGAUGAAAACUCCUUAACAAGUUCUUUGCCCCCAUCUUUGGUGAAUUGCACAAAUCUCACAAAAUUGACCUUACGAUCCAAUUUCCUUGAAGGAAACAUCUCUACCUUUAAUUUCUCUAGUCUUCAUCAACUUAUUGUAAUUGACCUUGGAGAUAAUAAGUUCUCUGGUAACUUGCCAAUAAGCCUUUACUCAUGCAAAUCCUUGACCGCAAUCCGUCUAUCUCGAAACCAACUCGAGGGACAAAUCCAACCUGAGGUGCUUCAAUUAAAAUUCUUAUCUUUCCUUUCAAUUUCUUUCAAUAGGCUAACCAAUAUCACUGGUGCAAUCAAGAUUUUGACGCGUUGCAAGACACUCACCAUUGUCAUCCUUGGAGGGAAUUUUCUACAUGAGGCAAUGCCAAGUGAUGACAAUAUAGUUGAUUCUGAUGGAUUUGAAAAUCUUCGAAUGUUUAGUCUUGCUGCGUGCCAACUGACUGGUCAACUACCUAUAUGGCUCUCUAGGCUUAAGAAGCUAGAAGUCUUGAAACUAGAUUCCAAUCAUAUCACAGGUUCAAUUCCUAAUUGGUUGUCGACUCUUCCAAGGCUCUUUCGUUUAUACUUAUCUAACAACCUCAUUUCAGGUGAAUUUCCAAAGGAAUUUUGUGGAUUGCAAACAUUAGUGUCACCAAAGGCUCUAGUAAACCAUAAUCAUUUGGAUUUACCAAUAUUUAUUGGCCCCAGUCCUUUUGGACAGAUUGUACAACUCAAUUUUCUCUCAAGCCUGCGACCAGCAAUUAUUGUUGCAAACAAUAAUCUUAGCGGCAACAUCCCAAUUGAGAUCGGUUGUUUGAAGCUUCUUUCUGUGCUGAAUUUUAGUCAUAACAUCUUCUCAGGCAGCAUCCCAAACCAAAUUUCAGAGCUCACAAACUUGGAAGUAUUAGACCUCUCUGCAAAUCAAUUGUCCGGCGAAAUACCAGCGUCACUAAGUAGUCUACAUUUCUUAAAUGCCUUUAGUGUCGCAAACAAUAAUUUGCAUGGACCAAUACCAUCAGGCACUCAACUCCAGAGCUUUGAUGCCUCUGCAUAUGAGGGCAACCCUGAACUUUGUGGCCCCCCUCUUCCACAUGAUUGCGCUCAUAUUGUUAGCAACAAGGGAGACAUUCGAGAUGAGGACAAUGGGCAUAAAAUCCCAUGGUUUCAUAUUACUGUGGUUCUCGGCUUCAUUACAGGUUUCUGGGGAGUUUGUGGUCCAUUAGCUUUUAGCUAUAAGUGGAGAGUUGCAUAUUUCCAAUUCAUGGACAACCUAAAAGGUAGGUGUAUAAUCUUUUUCUUUAAAAUUGCAUAUUGGUCAUUUUAG